AGGAAAAUGGCAGCGCCUACGAAGCAUGCGCUUUCUCUUCAAAUCCUCGCCGAAUGUGGCACAACGAAAGCAAGAGUCUGUAAAAUGCGACUUCCCCAUCAAGUUGUAGAUACGCCAGUAUUCAUGCCAGUUGGAACUCAAGGAACUAUGAAAGGGGUGACUUGUGAGCAACUGAAGGAGUUAAAUUGCCAACUUAUUUUAGGAAACACAUAUCACUUGGGGAUGAGACCCGGUCCUGAUACUUUGGAUAAGGCGAAAGGGCUCCAUCACUUCAUGGACUGGGAUAGAGCAUUGCUAACGGACAGUGGUGGGUUUCAGAUGGUGUCCCUUUUGAAGCUUGCUGAGAUCACAGAGCAAGGUGUCAAGUUUGAGUCCCCUUACAAUCAGAAGGAGAUGCUACUCACACCAGAAAGGUCCAUCGAGAUACAGAACAGCAUUGGUGCGGACAUCAUCAUGCAGCUCGAUGACGUGGUGCACAGUCUGACGACGGGGCCUAGGGUGGAGGAGGCAAUGCAUAGAUCAAUUCGUUGGCUAGACCGGUGUAUAAAGGCCCAUGGAAGACCUCAUGAUCAGAAUCUGUUUGCUAUCAUUCAAGGUGGAUUAGAUCGAGACCUUAGGAUACAGUGUGUCAAAGAGAUGGUCAAACGUGAUACACCAGGAUAUGCUAUAGGAGGCUUGAGUGGUGGGGAGGCGAAGGAUAAAUUCUGGAGAAUGGUAUCGUUAUCAACCGACCACUUGCCAAAAAAUAAACCUAGAUAUUGCAUGGGUGUUGGCUAUGCUGUAGACCUUGUUGUCUGCUGUGCACUAGGGGUGGAUAUGUAUGACUGCGUCUUUCCAACACGAACAGCAAGGUUUGGGUGUGCCCUUCUAAUGGAUGGUCAACUACAACUGAAAAACAAGCAGUUUGCCAAUGACUUCCAACCAAUCGACAAAGAUUGCAAGUGUUUCACCUGUCAGCGCCACACCAGAGCAUACAUACACUCUAUAUGGAGUUACAGUACGGUGGCUUGUCAGCUACUUAGCAUUCAUAACAUAGCUUUUCAGAUGAGACUAAUGAAGAAUAUACGAGAGAGCAUCAUGGAGGGAAGGUUCCCAGAAUUCAUCAGAUCCUACUUUAAGACUGUUUAUCCAGACAAGAACUACCCAACCUGGGUCCUAGAAUCACUCGCCUCGGUUAAUGUAGAAUUGGAGAGAUGACAGCGUUGUGAAGCCAGGGUUUGUUACUUACAUCAGUACUAGGCAGGGCCCUGUUUCAUAAACCUACAUGUUCAGGGCAAGCUACAUUAAUAUUGUUGUAAGCUACUGAAAUAAUAGCACUCCAUUGGCUGAGACCGAUUUUAAGAAGGGUUAUACAUGCCAGCGAAACCGGGUCUAACCUGUCCCAGUUUGGUUCUCCAAUAAUGGAGAAUAAUUCUGCCGGGGACUCGGCAAGAUGUCUUUCAUAGAGUUGACAUCCGAGGGAGUGUUUCACAAAACAAAUAGUAAGUGAUUUUUCACUGAUGAAUUUGCCCUGACCCAAUCAGUUGCAAGGAUUUUGUGGCUUAUGACAAUAGUCAGUAGAAUCAUUUGAAUAUUUGUUUUAUGAAAUGCUCUCUACAAAAGGUGUCCUUGAGAUUUAUCCUGAGGGGAUAAGUCCUCUGGAGCAGCCAGUGCUAAAUAUAUUAAGGAGAGAUAAAUGUCAUAUCGCUAUUCUCCUAUUUGAGAACAAAAUAAUGACUGCUACCAGUAUUCAACCAGAUGCAACUUAUUUAGGAUUCAAAAUGAAGAUCAGAUAGCCAAAUUUGAAGACUAUAUCUAUGCUGUUUUGGAGAAGGUUUUGAUGGCGAAGAAUAGUAUUUGACAUUCUUUGGCAAUAUUUAAAAUGUUUGAAUUUUGGUAAUGGAAUGUUUGUUGAAUUGAACAUCUACUAUGAAAGAUUUAUGCCAUAUAUAGCUAACUACAAUUAAAAUGUAUCAUGGUUUAUCUUAUGUGUAUGACACCUUUCUGAAUAUGGACCAAAUUCACAGCCAUUUUCACUCUAAUUUUUGUCUCACCUGCAUAGCAGAGUGAGACUAUAGGCGCCGCUUUUCCGACGGCGGCGGCGACGGCGACGGCGGCGGCGGCGUCAACACCAAAUCUUAACCUGAGGUUAAGUUUUUGAAAUGACAGCAUAACUUAGAAAGUAUAUGGACCUAGUUCAUGAAACUUGGCCAUAAGGUUAAUCAAGUAUUACUGAACAUCCUGCCCGAGUUUCAUGUCACAUGACCAAGGUCAAAGGUCAUUUAGGGUCAAUGAACUUAGACCAUGUUGGGGAAUCAACAUCAAAAUCUUAACCUAAGGUUAAGUUUUUGAAAUGUCAUCAUAACUUAGAAAAUAUAUGGACCUAGUUCAUGAAACUUAUACAUAAGGUUAAUCAAGUAUCACUGAACAUCCUGCAUGAGUUUCACGUCACAUGACCAAGGUCAAAGGUCAUUUAGGGUCAAUGAACUUUGGCCGAAUUGGGGGUAUUUGUUGAAUUACCAUCAUAACUUUGAAAGUUUAUGGAUCUGAUUCAUGAAACUUGGACAUAAUAGUAAUCAAGUAUUACUGAACAUCCUGUGCAAGUUUCAGGUCACAUGAUCAAGGUCAAAGGUCAUUUAGGGUCAAUGAACUUUGGCCAAAUUGGGGUAUUUGUUGAAUUACAGCCGUAAAUUUGAAAGUGUGUUGGUCUAGUUCAUAAAACUUGGACAUAAUAGUAAUCAAGUAUCACUGAACAUCCUGUGCGAGUUUCAGGUCACAUGAUCAAGGUCAAAGGUCAUGUAAGGUCAAAGAACUUUGGCCACUUAGGGGGUAUUUGUUGAAUUGCCAUCAUAUCUCUAUAAGUGUAUUGGUCUAGUUCAUAAAACGUGGAAAUAAGAGUAACCAAGUAUCACUGAACAUCUUGUGCGAGUUAUAGUAGUUUUCAAAAUCAGCACUGCUGCUAUAUUGAAUCGCGUGAUGCAGGUGAGACGGCCAGAGGCAUUCCACUUGUUUCAUUUUAUCCCCCUUAUUGUUUCUAAAUUCCAUAUCUGAUCUUGAGUCAUAUUCCGUCACUAUUUGUAUAUCACGUGUAAACCUGUAUUUGUUUUCCAAUGCCAAUUUGAUUGAACAUUUCACCAGUGGGCAAAAUAAGUCAUUUAGUUUAACACUCAAACAUGCUUUUAAUAGUAAACACAUGAAUAGAAGAAUCACCCAUCUCUAAAGACUCCUAAGUCUGGCUCCCUUGAACUAUUGCCCCCCCCCCCCCCUUAGAGCUUGUAUUACAGGAAUCCAUCCCACAUGCUGCUGUUUUUCUAGUAUUGCACAAGUGGGCUUAGUAUUUUAUUUGGUAUUAUUUUGCUUCAUAUCCACACUUCAACGACAAAAGUAUGCAAGUAAAAUCAUUUUUCAACACAACAAUGAACAAACAUUUUCCAUCGUAAUGAUAAAAAUACAUAGCAUUCUUAUUGAAAUAAAAAAUUUUACUCAGAAUUUUUCAAAUUGUUGUACAUGCAUAUGAACUAAGAAAAAAGAAAAAAAAUGUGGGAAACCACCACUGAUG